ACAGACCUGGGCAUGUCCACUACCACCAUUCCCAAGGUGCUGUGCAUCUUCUGGUUUGGCCAGAGUGAGAUCAGCUAUGUGGGAUGCCUGGUCCAAAUGUUCUUCAUCCACUCCAUAUCCGCCUUGCAGUCAGCCAUUCUGAUGACCAUGGCCUUUGACCGCUAUGUGGCCAUCUGUGAGCCCUUGCGCUAUGCCACCAUCCUUUCCAAUAGUCGCAUUGGGCUCAUUGGCCUAGUGAGUUUAAUGAGAGCUAUCCUUUUCAUUCUGCCCAUGCCUGUCCUCCUCCAAAAGAUGCCCUUUCGUGUAAAUCACAUCAUUCCCACCACCUACUGUGAGCACAUGGCUGUGGUGAAGAUGGUGUGUGUGGACACCACGGUCAACAGGAUGUAUGGUCUGGUGGUGGCCCUGUUGGUUGCUGGGCUGGACAUCUCAGCUAUUGCCUCAUCGUAUGUGCUUAUCAUCCGUGCUGUACUGCGGCUGUCUUCUAAGGAAGCCCACCACAAAGCUGUCAACACCUGCACCACACAUAUUUGUGUCAUGCUUAUCUCGUACACUCCCUCACUCUUCUCUUUUCUCACUCACCGGUUUGGUAGGGGAAUUCCACUACAUGUGCACACCAUUCUCGGAAACCUCUACUUCCUUGUCCCUCCAAUGCUCAAUCCUAUUAUUUAUGCAGUGAAAACCAAAGAGUUUCGGGACAAAUUGACCAAAUAUGGGUGCUGGAAGAAGGAGCCUAUAGCCAUUACCCAUGGUCAGAAGGCUGUCUGA